UUAAACGAGCUCAACUCUGCUGCGUGUUCGCACUCGUCCUUCUGCUCUGCUCAGCACGCAAUGUGUCGCUCUCGCAGCUCCCUCCCCACCAUGACAGUCCUGCGGGCCCCGACCCCUGUACCCUCCACCAGCCCGGGACCCCGGAGGGGCUCCGGUCCUGAGAUCUUCACCUUCGAUCCUCUCCCCGAGCCUGCAGUGGCCUCCGCCGCGCGCCCCAGCGUCUCCCGCGGGCCCCGAAAGCGCAGCCGUAGGGUCCUCUACCCGCGAGUGGUCCGGCGCCAGCUGCCUGCCGAGGAUCCGAACCCUGCCAAAAGGCUCCUCUUUCUCCUGCUCACCGUUGUCUUCUGCCAGAUCCUGAUGGCUGAAGAAGGUGUGCCGGCGCCCCUAGCCCGGGAGGACACCCCCAGCGCCGCGCCCCCGGCGUCCACUCCUGCGUCCCUGGCUCUCGAGCCCCUUAAUCUGACCGCGGAGCCCUCGGACUACGCUCUGGACCUCAGCACUUUCCUCCAGCAACACCCCGCUGCCUUCUAACCGUGACUCCCCACACCCCCCCAACAGGAGUCUGAAAAGCCUAAGAAACACCAGGUGUAUGUAUCUGGUGCGCGACAGCGUAUCCCAAACUGGGACUCCCGAGGCAACUCUCACUCAACACUACAGGGGAGCCGCCACCCUGCGCCCGGAUGGGCCACGCGCGGACAUGCCGGGGCCAGGCCGGGCAGGGAAGGACGAGGAGGGCGGCGUUAAUUUAUGUCUCAUUGUCCCUGAUAUUUAUAUGUAUUUAUGUAUGUCCCCUAAGUGAUAGAGGGUUGUAUGUAAUAUUUAUUUUAAUUUAUGCGAGGGUGCGAGACGUGCACCCUGCAGCAAAUGUAGGCCUCUUGGUAUUUAUUGAGCUUGGUGGGAUUUGGUGGAUGCGCCUAGAUGGAGGGAGAUGGAGACGGGGUCCGGAAGGCGCCCGGGCUGGGAGUUAAAGACGGUGGAGGGUCGCAGGUUUAGGGGUUGACUUUCUACCCCCCAGCAUCUCAACCCUCUGAGUGAGUCUACUGUAUGAAGCUGCGGCGGACCAUUGGGAAUAAGGUCCUUGGCCUUCGAUCUCCUCGAAGUUGCCCCCAAAGGGUGGCCAUGGGGUGCAGGGUGGGGGCUCUCAGGGGCGGCUGUGGGGUCGCCCUGUAUGUUCUGUGAACACAAAUAAACUCGAUUUUACAGUUA